UGUGAAGAAGAAGACAACACGUGCGUGUAUUCAACGUGUGUUUGCUUAGUUCAGUUUUGUUUUUCAUAGAGUUCGGCUGUUUCAAACAUUAUUUUCUGCCAGAUUAAAUUUGAAACAUAAUGGAAAGUGAGCAGCCAACGGCUGUGAAAGCCUCGGCAUCAAUUGAAGACCCAAAAAGUGUUGAAACACCCACUGAAUCGGGGAAACAUAAUAUUCCUGUAGCACACUUAUCAACAGAUAAGGUGCAAACAAAGCCCACAGAAACGCCAAAUGCAGUCGAAGCGCCACCAGAAAUGGAGCAGGUAGUGGAGGAUAAGUCAGUCAAUGAGUCAACAACUGUCAACGCCCAAAUUACAGGUCAAAAAAUAGUUUCUGAAUCAGUUGAAAUUGCUGCCGCAGAGAUGGAAUGUGAGAUAUCACAAGCUGUAGCGGAGAAGAAAAAUACCGCACAGGAAUCUCCUCUAGAAAUGGACUGCGAGUUGUCCCCAGUGGCGGAAACAGAUUCACAGAAAGUUCCUUUAGUCGCUCCAAACAAGUCAGCACCCGAGAAACCAAUUCCUCAAGUACAACCCGCUCCAGAGGCUAACCCAGCUCCUCGACCAAGUGGACUUAGUUUAUUGGCAGCCUACACCUCCGAUGCUGAUAAUUCUGAUGUGGAGGAAGUUACCCCAACUCAGGACAGCGACAACGAAGUUGUGGAAGUUCCGGUGACGGAAACCGCUUCCUCCACCGCCUAUCGUCCAGUGGUGGCUGUGAGCUCAGGUGGCGAAAGCUCGGAAAGCAGUAGUAGCAGUGACUCUGAUUCCGAGGGAGAAUACCUCACUGUACUUCGCAAAAAGAUAGACAAGCGGAUCAAUACCGUGGAAUGCGAUGAGGAUGACGAGGAUUUGGAUGAGGAUGGGGCUACGGGGGAUCGGUCCCGCCGACGCCAGCCGCCAAAGGUGCGGGGAGAAAUGCUUCUCGAUGAGCUGCCACCCAUUCAUCAACUAGAGAUCACUGUUCCCGAGGAUGAAUGCGUUGAACUGGGCAAGGUUCAAUCCAUUGUAGAUCAGCUCGUUUUGGUUUCCGUCCUGCCGAAUUCCAUGCUGUUCGAUCUGGAUACUGUUUUGUUCUUGGAGAAGGGUCGCAAGGUCCUGGGCGAGGUGUUUGAUGUGCUAGGUCAGGUGUCAGACCCAAUAUAUUGCGUUCGUUUCAACACUAACCAACAAAUCCUGGACAGAGGCAUCAAAAUUGGCGAUGUGGUGUACUGUGCUCCAAAAACCGAGCACACCCAGUUUGUAAUUCUGUCGAAGUUGAUGCAAGUUCGAGGAUCGGAUGCUUCAUGGGAGCACGAUGUGGAACCACCUGCGCGCUACGUAGACCACUCCGAUGACGACGAGGAAAGAGAAGCCAAAAAUGAGCGACGAAAGCGCCGCCAAAGGGAUCGUACCAACUCCACAGACUCUGUGGAUACAGUAACCUCCGUGGCAACAACAGCAACAGAGGUAUCUUCAGUGGCUCCUCCUCCCCGCCAGCGUGGACGACGCGGGCAGCGGGAGAGCUUCAGGCAGAGCCAGAGAUUCUCUAAUUCGCAGGACAAUCAAAGCCAACCCCGAGAUCAGCAGUACAACUACCAUCCAAGCUAUAACCCGGGAAGCUGGCACUCCAACUACUACCAGAACUACCAUCAGGCAGCGACUAACUUCAACAUGCCGCCACAGCAGCCUGGUAUGCCCUUCCCAGUGCCCAAUUACGGUUAUGGGAUGCCCUACGCCAUGCCUCCAAUGUACCCCCACAUGUACCCGCCACCGCCACCCUUCGCUCCACCUCCUCCAAACAACAAUCCACAUCAGGGACAACCGCCUCAAAGCUAGAGAUAAGCGAGAAACUACUGUGAAUUAUUUUUAUUAUUCCAAUAAAAAAUUUCCUUAAUCAA